AUGAAAGGGAAGGGAGUUAAAGAGAGAAAGAAGACGGAAGGUCAGUGCUUCCUGUGUAUAGUGGACGUGGUGCCAGUGAAGAACGAAGAUGGCGUGGUGAUCAUGUUCAUUCUCAACUUUGAGGGCAUGACUGAUGAAAUACAACUGGCCCGCAAACAGGAACUAAACCACCGCCUGCCCACCUGGCUUGUCACCGGACGUCCACGAGGCUUCAAGCUGCGUCUCCCCAAUCUGCGCUCCUUGUCCAACAGUAAAGUGUCUUUGGACGUCUCAGAGGAGGCUAAAGUCCCCACUGCUACACCCCUGCCGGUACCUUCAGACAACCACAGUCACGAGUCCUUAGGCCUGGGGGAGUACCUUCCUCUUCCUUGUUUGCCACUCAACCACCAGGAUCAUAUCAGUGGAAGCAGGUCAGCUCUACAGAGUUGGCCAGAAGACCGUCAGGAGGACCAGCAAACUUUACUGGGCCCUGACCCUCCUUUACGCCCUCAUCCAGCUCCCCAAAGAUCCCACCUGGGUCCCGUCGCCCAGUCGUCCCCCUGCGUAGCGCCCCACCACCGCCUCAGCUUAAACCAGGACGCCUCAGGCUCCAAUUGUUCUCUAAGUCACAGCCGCUCGCGGGAGAGCUUUCACAGCAUGCGUCGAGCGUCCUCCGUAGACGAGAUCGAGGCCAUGAGGCCGGACUGGGACAGAAAGAACCGCCAAACCAGUAUCCGGCCGGGCAGCACUGGUGCAGUAAACAGUAAGGCGAACAUCUUGAACUCCACGUCGGACUCGGACCUCAUGCGUUACCGCGCCAUUUCCAAAAUCCCGCACAUCACCCUCAACUUUGUGGAUUUCAAAGCUGACCCUCUCAUCGCCCUGCCCUCCGGGGAGAUGGACAUCACAGCUCCCUGCAAACUCAUCGACCGAACGCACCACGUCACAGAGAAAGUCACACAG